AUGACGUCGACCCACGCCCCACUAACCCUCCGUGCGCCGCUGGACCGCUCCUCCGCGCCAUGCCUGCGCGCAUCCCUCGUUCCCGCCACCCGCUCCGCCAAGCCACCUCCAGGCGCCUUCGUGCGACUGGGCGGGAGCCAAUUAACGCGUGUGUGUCGCACGUCAUCGCACCCCUGCGAUCGCACCGUCGUCCGCAGGACUGCGUGUCCCCGCGCAACUGCCACGCGGUCCUCCGCCAAUGCCGUGGAGAGCAGAGCGGGCGAUAGCGGGCCCGCGGAGGGCGCGGGGGAGCGCGAGUACGACGCGGUAGUGAUCGGCGCGGGGAUGGGCGGGCUGGUGGCGGCGACGCAGAUGGCGGUGCGCGGCAUGCGCGUGCUGCUGCUGGAGAAGUACCUCAUCCCGGGCGGCAGCUCCGGGUGGUACGAGCGCGACGGGUACACGUUCGACGUGGGGUCGUCCGUCAUGUUCGGCUUCGGCGAUCAGGGCAACGUGAAUCUGGUGACGCGUGCGCUGGCAGCGGUGGGGCGCAAGCUGCCGCUGCUGGAGGACCCCGUGGCCGUGCACUACCACAUGCCCAACGGGCUCAGCGUGCAGGUGCACCGUGGCUACGAGCAGUUUCUGGGGGAGCUCAUGGCGCGCUUCCCCCAUGAGAGGGCCGGCAUUCGCCAGUUCUACGAUGAGUGCUGGACUGUGUUCAACGCGCUGAACGCGUUGGAGCUGCAGUCGCUGGAGGAGCCGCUCUAUCUGCUCGGCCAGUUCUUCCGCAACCCGCUCGCGUGCCUCACCCUCGCGUACUACCUACCACAGAACGCGGGCGACAUAGCACGCAAGUACAUCACUGAUGCCGACCUGCUCGCCUUCAUCGAUGCCGAGUGCUUCAUAGUGAGCACAGUGAAUGCCGCCAACACGCCCAUGAUCAACGCUGCCAUGGUGCUGUGCGACCGGCACUACGGCGGCAUCAACUAUCCGCGGGGCGGCGUGGGGCGCAUCGCACAGGAGCUGGUGGCGGGGCUGCAGGAGCGCGGGGGGGAGGUGUGGUACAAGGCCAACGUCACCCAGCUGCUCUUCGACCACCACGGCCGUGCCGCGGGUGUGAAGCUGAGUGACGGGCGCACAGUGAGGGCCAAGACCGUUGUCUCCAACGCCACCCGAUGGGACACCUUCGGCAAGCUGGUACCGGAGGAGCGCAUGCCGGAGGAGGAGAGGCAGUUCCAGCAGCGGUACCGCCAGGCACCGUCGUUCCUCUCCAUGCACCUCGGUGUCAAGGCUGACGCGCUGCCGCCCGGCACUGAGUGCCACCACCUUGUGCUCGAGAGCGAGUGGGGGCGCAUGGAGGAGCCGUAUGAGAGCAUCUUCCUCAGCAUCCCCACUGUGCUGGACCCGUCGCUGGCACCAGCUGGGCGGCACAUUCUGCACGUCUUCACCACCGCAUGGAUGCACGACUGGCAGGGCAUGAGCACGGAGGAGUACAGCGCCAAGAAGCACCACGUGGCAUCGCAGAUCAUUGCUCGCCUCGAGAAGACGCUCUUUCCCGGCCUCGCCAAUGCCAUCGAGCUCAUGGAUGUGGGCACGCCGCGCACGCACCGGCGCUUCUUGAACCGCGUGGACGGCACGUACGGCCCCAUCCCCGCGCGCCGCCCACUGGGGCUGCUCGGCAUGCCCUUCAACACCACGCAAGUGCCGGGGCUGUACUGUGUGGGCGACAGCUGCUUCCCCGGGCAGGGAGUCAUCGCGGUAGCCUUCUCCGGCAUCAUGUGCGCCCACCGCGUCGCCGCUGACCUUGGUGAGUGCGGAGCCUCGGUGAGUGCCACGCCUGGGUGGGUGCCACGUAUGGGGAAGUGCCGAACCUGGGUGAGUGCCUAA